AUGAUCGUCUUAACGUUUACUUUUGCGACUAUUUGGCUAGGGGCAGCUGUGGCGAAGAAACAUGCUGGCCCACCUGCUCAAUAUGAUUUUCUUAUUGUUGGUGGAGGAACUAGUGGGCUCGUUGUUGCUAAUCGACUUUCAGAGAAGAAAGAUGUUACAGUUGCGGUGAUCGAAGCAGGAGACUCGGUGCUCAACAAUAUUAAUGUUACCACAGUUCUAGGCUACGGCUUGGCUUUCGGAACCGAUAUCGACUGGGCUUAUCAGACGGAGAACCAGACAUAUGCAGAUGGCAACAAACAAACGAUGAGAGCUGGGAAGGCGAUUGGUGGUACAAGUACGAUAAACGGAAUGUCAUAUACUCGAGCUCAAGAUGUGCAGAUCGAUGCGUGGGAAUUAGCUGGUAAAGGUUGGAACUGGAAGAAUCUCUUCCCAUACUACAAGAAAUCAGAGCACUUCCAAAUCCCGACCCCGGAACAAGUUGCUGCUGGCGCUGACUAUUACAUGGCCUAUCAUGGCCUCACUGGCCCUUUGAAGGUUGGUUGGCCAUACCACAUGACGAAUGACAGCGUGCUUCCUGUGCUAGACGAGACGAUGCGACAACUGAGCGUCCCAUUCAAUCGUGAUGUUAAUGGCGGAGAAAUGGUCGGUCUUACAUCUCACCCCAAUACAGUUGAUAGGGAGAAGAAUAUUCGAGAAGAUGCUGCGAGGGCCUACUUCUGGCCUUUCGAAAAUCGACCAAACCUGAAGAUCAUAUCGAAUACAAACGUCAACAAGAUAAUAUGGUCUAAUGAUUCCCACAGCGAAGCCAUUGCGGCUGGAGUUGAGGUCACCGGCCCUAAUGGAACUGAGACGAUACUUGCCUCAAAGGAGGUUAUCCUGUCAGCUGGUUCUCUCAAGUCAUCUGUUAUACUGGAACUGUCAGGCGUGGGAAACCCGGAUAUCCUGAAAAAGUAUGACAUUCCUGUCAAGGUCAACAACACUGCUGUUGGCGAGAACCUCCAAGAUCAGACGAAUAACGGCCUUCAUUGGGAGGGUCGAGAGUAUUUCCUAGGUGAAGCAACGUUCUCUGCUCUACCAUCAGCAAAUCAGCUUUAUGGAGACAAGGAAUCCGAAAUUGCCUCUUCCAUAAAUUCCAGUCUCGCAGACUACGCAGACGCAGUGGAAAAAUUCUCCAAUGGUGCUGUCCAAGCUGCCAAUGUCCUCUAUAUGCUUCAAAUUCAAUGGGACUUGAUCUUCAAAUCCCAAGUUCCACUCGCAGAGAUCGUUUUCUUACCCAUCGCCCGAACCUUUGGAACGGAAUACUGGCCUCUUCUCCCCUUCUCAAGAGGAAAUAUCCAUAUCCAGUCCAGCGAUCCAACUCAAGCACCCUCGAUCAAUCCGAACUACUUUAUGUUUGAGCAAGAUCUCGAUGCCGCAGUUGCUGUCGGUAAAUAUAUUCGCAAGAUAUUCAACACUCAACCUCUAAGCGACCUUGUGGGAGAUGAAACUUCUCCAGGACUGGAUGUCCUGCCUGCAAAUGCAUCAGACACUGAUUGGAAGAAUUGGGUGAAGUCAACCUACCGGUCAAAUUAUCACCCUGUUGGCACGGCCAGCAUGCUUCCUCGAGAGAAAGGAGGAGUCGUGAACCCCGAGUUGAAGGUUUAUGGAACUCAGAAUGUUCGAGUUAUUGAUGCCUCGGUUUUCCCAUCUCAACUUUGUGGCCAUUUGACAAGUACUCUAUAUGCGGUGGCGGAAAGGGCAUCGGAUCUGAUCAAGAACAAAUAUACGGCGUACCGAACGAUGGAAACUGGAUGA